AUGAUAUCGAAUAGUGAGGUUGAGCUUGCCCAAAAUAUAUUUUUAGAAUUAUUAGAAGAAGAAGAAAAUGAAAUUAAUGAAUUGGUAAUUGAUCUUACUGAUUCAGCGAUUGCACAAGAAAUAGCUGCUUAUAGAGAAGUAAAUAAUACACAAAUAUCUACAGAAGACAAACUUGAUGAUCGUCAAAUUGUUGAAAUCGUGCUAGGCGAACAAUUGGAACAUGAGCAGGGUGACCCGGAUGAUUCUGACGAAGAGCCUCCAAUUAUUUCGGCAAAAUCUAUUACAGAUUUUUUUAAUAAGACGGGAACUCAAAAUAAUGAAUAUUCUUCUAAUGAAGAAUAUUCUCUUGGCGAAGAAAAUUUUCUUGACGAAGAAAAUUUUCUUGAUGACGGUCUUUAUAAUGAAGAUCUUUAUGACGAAACCCUUAAUGAGGAUCUUUAUAGUGAUCUUUAUGAUGAAGACCCUUAUAAUGAAGAUCUUUAUGACAAAGACUCUUAUAAUGAUCUUUAUGACGAAGACCUUUAUAAUGAAGAUCAUUAUGACAAAGAUCAUAUGAGUAUCGAAAAGGAUUAA